AUCUGAAAGUCACACUGUUCACCGCCUGAUCUUGUGUUUUCACCUUAAAGUUGGCUGUUGAUUUAUACAAUAUUCUAUCGAUAAUUGAUUGAUAAAGGCUUUCUUUCGUAUGUAGGACGCGGUUUCCAAAGUUUUUCAGUUUAUAGAUUAAAAAGAACUGACAGUCAGCGUGUGUGGAAAUCUGGGAGGUGGAAAUGCCUUCAGUUAAUUGCAUCAUGUACAAGAAAGUCAUAUUAAUUUGUAGCGAUUAGACACUAAGGAUUUUAUCAGAAGAAUAAGACAUCUGCUACAUUUGGUUUGGAGUGACAGCCACAGCUUCCUCCGGAUUUACAGUCAUCAUGUUAGGACACAUCGCGAGGAGACUUGGCUCUAAUGGACUGAAGGGAAUCAGUCCUCAGCAGCUGCUCCCUAAAGAGACCCACAGACACCUGCAGUCCUCACUAGACACCAUCAGACCCAUCUCGACGGUGUCGCUGUGGCCUUUCUCGUCUCAGCCACGGGACUUCAGCCAGCCCAACUCCUCAUGGAGUCCAGAGAUGCAGAAGGUUUACGACCACUAUUAUGCUCUGUGUGACACUGACACCGAAAAUGGUGAGGGAAAAAAGAGGCCCUGGAGGAAGUUGCCCAGCUACAACCGUUCCAUUAAAUAUGCUACUGGCGGCAUACACCUCAGCAAACUGAUCCAGGCCAAAGCUCGACUUUUCACGAGAAAUGUUAAAGAGCAAGGCGCUACCUUUGAGUAUGUGGUGUUUGUCAAUAAGGAGGAGAAGAGAUGCGUUUGUGUGUUUCAGGCAGGACGUUUACUAGAAGGUGCACCUGGGCAUGUACAUGGUGGAGCCAUAGCCACCAUGAUUGACACAGUGACAGGUACUCUUGCCGGUUUCCUCUCAGGACCAAUAAUGACUGCCAAUCUCAACAUAGACUACCGCAGUCCAAUGCCUCUGGAUAGUGUGGUUUUAAUCCACAGUGCUCUGGAUCGAAUAGAAAGGAGGAAAACGUACAUCACCAGCAAAGUGACCAGCACUGAUGAGUCCAAACUCUACACUGAGGCCACAGCUCUAUUUGUUUCAAUAAGUGUGGGCCAUUUAUUUGGAUCACGAAACUGAAAGCAUCCUGGAAUCCACCACUGUUUGCAUAUCUGUACACAUGUGAGCGAGAUGGUGUGCGUCUGAGGUGGAGUGUGUGCAGUGAACAACAGAACAAGCAAAUGUUUUACCUCAGCUCUUUGAAUGAGCAUUCAGAAAUGUAUGUUGUUACAUAUGGCUGCCUCAUAUUUUGUUAUUGUAAAAAUCUAAUUAUAUUAACCCUGUAUAUUUAUUGACACGGUAUUUACAUUUUUGUUGCCAAAUAAAAGUUUUGUUAUUAACUAUUUUUAAUCAUAAUGGUGACAGUUAGGUUCUUUAGUAUUAUAAGAAUUAUAAAAAUGAAAACCUCUAUUUUUUAGCAGCACUAUAUUUAAAAUUGUGUUAAAAGAGAUUUUUUUUUUUUUUCAGUUUGUUAUAAAUGGAAUGGUGUGUUGAAUGAUUUUCUUGCUAGGGAAUAAUAACAUAUUUAUAACUUUCUUCAUUAACGCCAUUAAAGACUGUAAUCAAAAUGUG